GUGUGGUGCUUUUGCGAUGCUGUAUCCCAGGCGAGGAGGCAAGGGAGCCCGGCGCCUGCUGCUCUCUCUUCUGCUUCUUGCAAUCUGGAAGGCGGGGAGCGGCCAGGUCCACUACUCGGUCCCCGAGGAGGCCAAGCACGGCACCUUCGUGGGCCGCAUCGCGCAGGACCUGGGGCUGGAACUGGAGGAGCUGGUACCGCGUCUGUUCCGGGUGAUGUCCAAAGACCACGGGGACCUCCUGGAGGUAAAUCUGCAGAAUGGCAUUUUGUUUGUGAAUUCUCGGAUCGACCGCGAGGAGCUGUGCGGGCGGAGCUUGGAGUGCAGCAUCCACCUGGAGGUGGUGGUGGAGAGGCCGCUGCAGGUGUUCCACGUGGAGGUGGAGGUGAAGGACAUUAACGAUAAUCCACCAGUCUUCAGAGAGAGAGAACAAAGGUUAUUUAUUCCUGAAUCUAGACUGCUGGGAUCGCAUUUCCCGCUAGAGGGCGCUGUUGAUGCCGACAUUGGCACUAAUUCUCUGCUAACGUACACUCUCAGCCCCAGUGAUUAUUUCUCGUUGGAUAUACAGGCAAGUGAUGAACUGAGUAAGUCACUUGUGCUUGAAUUGAGGAAAGUUUUGGACAGAGAAGAAACACCAGAACUUCAUUUAUUACUGACAGCCACUGAUGGGGGCAAACCUGAGCUGGAAGGUACAGUUCAACUGCUGAUAACGGUGCUCGACGUUAAUGAUAACGCCCCAUUGUUUUCUCAGGCCGUGUACAGAGUCCAUUUACUAGAAACUACAGCAAAUGGAACAUUAGUAACCACAUUAAAUGCCUCUGACGCUGACGAAGGUGUAAAUGGAGAAAUUGUCUUUUUCUUUGGCAGUGAUGUUCCUGUUAACAUUAGAAAGAACUUCAAAAUUGAUUCCAGCUCAGGAGAAAUUAGGCUACUUGGCAAACUGGAUUAUGAAGAAACAAAAUCCUACGAAAUUCAGGUAAAAGCAGUUGAUAAAGGAAGUCCUCCAAUGUCAAAUCACUGCAAGGUUUUUGUGAAAGUGCUGGAUGUAAAUGAUAAUGCUCCAGAACUGGCGGUCAGGUCCUUGUCCUUGCCAGUCGGGGAGGACGCCCCCCUCGGCACCGUCAUUGCCUUCAUCUCCGUGUCCGACCCGGACUCCAGUGUCAACGGGCAGGUGACCUGCACCCUGACACCGCAUGCCCCCUUCAAGCUGGUGUCCACCUUCAAGAAUUACUACUCUCUGGUGCUGGACAGCUCCCUGGACCGCGAGAAGCUGUCACACUACGAGUUGGUGGUGACAGCGCGGGACGGGGGCUCGCCUUCGCUGUCGUCCACAGCCAGCGUGUCCGUGGAGGUGGCCGACGUGAACGACAACGCGCCGCUGUUCCCGCAGCCCGAGCACACGGUGUUCGUGAAGGAGAACAACCCGCCCGGCUGCCACAUCUUCACGGUGUCCGCGCGGGACGUGGACGCGCAGGAGAACGCGCUGGUGUCCUACUCGCUGGUGGAGCGGCGAGUGGGCGAGCGCGCGCUGUCGAGCUACGUGUCGGUGCACGCGGAGAGCGGCCAGGUGUACGCGCUGCAGCCUCUGGACCACGAGGAGCUGGAGCUGCUGCAGUUCCAGGUGAGCGCGCGCGACGCGGGCGUGCCUCCUCUGGGCAGCAACGUGACGCUGCAGGUGUUCGUGCUGGACGAGAACGACAACGCGCCUGCGCUGCUGCCGCCUGGGGCGGGCGCUGGGGGCAGCGCGGUGAGCGAGCUGGUGUCGCGGUCGGUGGGCGCGGGCCACGUGGUGGCGAAGGUGCGCGCGGUGGACGCGGACUCGGGCUACAACGCGUGGCUGUCCUAUGAGCUGCUGCCGGCGGCGGGUGGUGCGCGCAGCCCGUUCCGCGUGGGGCUGUACACGGGCGAGAUCAGCACGACGCGCGCCCUGGACGAGGCGGACUUGCCGCGCCAGCGCCUCCUGGUGCUGGUGAAGGACCAUGGCGAGCCGGCGCUGGCGGUCACGGCCACCGUGCUGCUGUCGCUGGUGGAGAAUAGCCAGGCGCCAAAGACCUCUUCGCAGACUCUUGGCGCCGCGAACGCGGAGGCGGCGCUGGUGGACGUGAACGUGUACCUGAUCAUCGCCAUCUGCGCGGUGUCCAGCCUGUUGGUGCUCACGCUGCUGCUGUACACGGCUCUGCGGUGCUCGGUCCCGCGCACCGAGGGUGCUUGCGGGCCGGGGAAGCCCGUGCUGGUGUGCUCCAGCGCGGUGGGGAGCUGGUCUUACUCGCUGCAGAGGCGGCAGAGGGUGUGCUCUGGGGAGGGGGUCCCCAAAACGGACCUCAUGGCCUUCAGCCCCAGUCUUCCUCCGGGUCCGAACAUGUCGGAAGAAAAUGAACAUCCAGAAGUAAAUUCGGAACAUUCUGGUAAUGUAAGUCCAACUUUCAAACUUUGCCUUUAA